AUGCCCUAUCACCACCGGAGGCCGCCCGGUAAUCCCGUCGCACCAAGAAGGUCUGAGGUCGACUCCAGCUCCUCCACCUCCAGUGGUGAAGAUGCGGGCCGCAGAGAGAGCUGGCAAGCGGAAGAAGAUAGCAACCAUCUACCCAAUGAACACAGCGCGGGAGCCAAGGGAAAGGCAAAGGCGGAUUCUGACGAGGAUGCCCAAGGAGUGCCAUCUCAAGGCCGAGCUGUUUCUGAAGCGGUUUCGCUUGGCUUCGGAGGUCUAAGUUUAGGUGACAACACUCGCAUGGCAAUAGAAUCAUGGGCAGAGAACCCAGACCUGGAAGCUGGAUUCCUUACACAGUAUCAAGACCUGUUCAACACGGAGCAAGACUUCACCUUUCUCCUCGCCGCCGUCCAUUAUGAGCUGCAAGGCGAUCUCGAACUGAAAAAGGCGUGUAGCCGAAUAUAUCUCCUGGUAAGGAAGUACAAACGGCUGACAAGUCGGGAGAAAAGGGAGUUUUUGGAAACGCUCACAGAUGAGGAUGGUAUAUACCAGCAGAAUGGGACCUUCAAAGAGCUGCUCGGUGAGAUUCAACAAGUCGCGGGCCCACGGAAUAGAAACGCUUACGUACCGGAUGACACUUCGAUACCUUGGUCUGUGGAGCAAUGGACCUUUUCGCCACCACGCAACCGUCAUCACCGUCAAAGUGUUCACAGCCAGUCUCUCCCCAGCGUCGAGGAAGGACGCCAGGGCGAGCCAAUCCCGACCUUUAUGACUCCCCUCCACGAGGAUUUCAUUGUCAGAAACAGCAGUUUCUUCUGUACGGGACGCGUUUUUAUGACACUUUGGCAUGAGAACGCAACAACUGGCAAUCGGUAUCUGAGAGGUAAAGGGGCAUUAGGGACCUCUACAAUCUCUGGCAUCCACAACCAGAGGGUGUUCAGCCACAUUAGGCGUUUUGCUGUAGUCAGAGAAUGCCAUGGGUUUUCGUGGGUGAUCGGGGUGAACACUUACCGUGGUCAAGGCCUGAAGAGACCUGGACUCAACAACGGCGAUAUCCAGGCACAUGCCAUCAUCCACAUGGCUCACACCAGUCCCGUCCGUUUGCAAGGAGAGCCAGUAAUGAGAAAGCGAUCAAUCAUGGUCGACGGAGGAGAAGACCGCAAGCUCGCGCCGUCAAGCCGCAUCAGAUUUGACAAGGUGUAUAACUUCGAGCAUAAUGUCAAAGUCAAAGACGUGGGAGUCAUCAGCGCGCGAUCAAUGCCCUUCUUUCGUCAGUACUGGAGAGACGAAGUCGGUGCAGCAAGCCAGGCGGCUGCAGCGCCGCGGCAAUCCUCAGCACCAUCAUGA